AAAAGACCAUUGAAGGUCCAUGAGCUAGUCACUGCAGUCAGCUUGAAUCAUCACGGGCGGCUGGACAGAGACAAUAUGUAUGAGACAGCAGACAUCGUCUCCGCCUGCGGAGGAUUGAUUGUUGGCGAUGAAAUGUCUCGCGUCGUCCGCAUAAGCCAUUACGCAGCACAAGAGUACUUCGAAGCGAUCGCAAAGACCUGUUUCCCGAAUGCUCAUUACAAAAUCAGCGGCGCGUGCGCUGCAUAUCUGAUUCACUUCGGGCUUUCAGAUCGCUUGUGUUGGAUCUCCAUGCCCUACCUCGAUGGUGUAUUGAAUGAAAAAUUGUCCUGCGACAUAUCUGGAACCCCAAGAGAGCUUUUGGCGUACGCCCAAGAUAAUUGGUGCAAGCACGUCCACCAGUCCGACGCCGUCACCCUUCAUGAGAAUGUUCAAGAGCUGCUCGACCAUAAGUCUAUCGCCGCAAGUCUUGCCGGUAUUGGCACUUGCGACGAAGCAAGUCUCUUACAUGUGGUGGCAGCCCUAGAGAUCGACAUCGCGGUGGCGCAAAUAGUUUCCGGAAACAAAGAUGUAGUCCAUAUCAAAGACGUUCGAGGUAGAACGGCGCUGUAUUACGCGACCCUGCAUGGCUGCGAAAGUACGGUUCGACUCUUACUUGAGAAUGGAGCUUCGCCAGAAGGACAGCCGGGCAAGUGGGGUCAGGACGGCGACAGACUCCCCUCGUCCACACCGUUUGUAGCGACGAUGCAGAACAAUGACACCUGAUUAUUCAAGGUUCUGUUGGAUACUGUCCAAGACGACGAU